UUUUAAGCUAAAUCUGGGAGUGUUUUCAUCUUGUCAGCGGUCGUUAACGCACUUAGAAGAUAUAACCCUCCGUCAUGUUCCUCACACUCGCCCUGCUGCGGAAAGGCAUCCCUGGGAAGCAGUGGAUCGGAAAGUACCGGCGGCCGCGGCAGAUUACGUGGCAGAUGAAGCGCAACACGCUGAAGAAUCUGGAGCGCGAGGCCGAAAACGAAUACUGGAUCAGCCGGCCGUACAUGACGGCGGAGCAGGACCACGGCCACGCCGCCGAGCGCCGCGCCAAGGCCUGGAUCAACAUCAAGGAAGCCAAGUUUGCGAAUUUUCCCAAAUACAAGCACAUCACGGAUCACCUGAGUCAUCUGAGAAUCACCAAGACGUGGUCGAGUUAACGAGACGACCAGCAG